GUAAAUUGGAUAAUCAUCAUUUAAUUUAGGUGCGCCCAUCGUGUAAUACAGAAUUUGAUCUUGAUCCUCCCAGCGCCGAAGAGAGACCAAUCACAUCCGACAAGCUUUCCAGGUUCUCCCCCUUCACGAUCAUUCACUAUAAAUUAGUCGAAUAAAACCCCAAAACAGCAGGAAAAAAAAAAAGGUAAAUUAAGGAUGAAGAAGAAAGCAGAUUUGGUGUUCAUCCCAGCUAUGGGAAUCGGUCAUCUUGUCCCAAUGAUGGAGUUUGCCAAACGCCUCCUCGAUCGAGAGAAUCGUUUCUCCAUCACCGUCUUCCUCAUCAAAACACUCUUUGUUUCAUCAGAUUUCACCUCUUACACCGAUUCCCUUCCACAGAUCCGAUUCGUCUACCUCCCCGAACUCGAACCACCUCCUUCUUCGUCCAAUCUCCGAACCCGAGAGAGCGUCGUGUCCGUUCUCGUAGAAACCCACAAACGACUCGUCAAACAGACAAUCACCAAUCUCUUUUCCUCCGACACGGACUCUGAAUCGACUCCAACUCGGGCUCCAAUUGCAGGGUUAGUCAUCGAUCUUUUCUGCUCUUCCUUAAUCGACGUCGCCAAAGAACUUGGCGUCCCUUCUUACAUCUUCUUCACCUCCACUGCGGGUCUGCUCGGUGUCAUGCUCCACCUCCCUGAGCUCGACAACCAGAUCAAGACCCAUUUUAAGGACUCAGUCACAGAGCUGAGUAUUCCGAGUUUCACUAACCCAGUUUCCCCCUUUCUGUUGCCGUUGCCAAUGUGGAGCAAAAAGGACGACGGCUACGGCUGGUACGUCUAUCACGGCCGAAGGUUUACAGAGGCAAAGGGUGUUAUCUUAAAUUCAUUCGCCGAACUCGAACCCACCGCGAUUAAAUCUUUCUCCGGCGGUCGAAUCCGGUCCCCGCCGGUGUACCCUGUUGGACCGUUAAUUGAUCUGCACGGUCAGGUUCACAAUCAGACCCAGUUGGAAGAAAGUAUCAAGGGGUGGUUAGACGAUCAGCCCCCGUCAUCGGUGGUUUUCCUGUGCUUCGGCAGCAGAGGAAGUUUCAAUGCCGCGCAGGUGAAGGAGAUCGCUCUUGGGCUUGAGCGGAGCGGUCACCGUUUCUUGUGGUCCCUACGUCGGCCACCGGAGAAGAAUAAGCUUGGCUUACCUACCGAUUAUGAGAACUCCGGAGAGGUCUUACCGGAGGGAUUCGUAGAUCGGACGGAGGAUAGAGGGUUGGUGUGCGGGUGGGUUCCACAGACGGCGGUGCUGGCACACGGAGCGAUAGGUGGGUUCGUGUCUCAUUGUGGGUGGAACUCGAUAUUGGAAAGCUUGUGGUUCGGUGUGCCUAUCGCAGCUUGGCCUUUGUAUGCAGAGCAGCAUCUGAAUGCGUUUGAGAUGUUAAAGGAAUUGGGAGGGCUAGUGGUGGAAUUGAGAUUGGAUUAUAGGGGAGGUGAAGAUGAUUUGGUGACGGCAGAAGAGGUGGAGAGAGGAGUGUCGCGUUUGAUGGAUUCUGAUUGUGUGGUGAGGAUGAGGGUGAAGGAGAUAAUGGAGAAGAGUAGGAGAGCUUUGAUGGAGGAUGGAUCUUCAUUUACUUCUCUCGGUUGCUUGAUCAAGGACCUAAUGGAUGAGAGCUGAAAUGGGCCUAGAGGGAUUGCAGAACGGGUUUUGACAUGUAGAGGGAAGAUUUUUUUUUUCCCCAUUUUAAUUUUCUAUUAAGAUAAAUAAGGGUUAACAUCUACUACUGUUAUUUUGAGAAGAAAUUACAUUGUCAUUCUCUGUACUUUGUUUUAA